AUGUCAGAUGCAUAUCCAGAACAUAUCGAAGAAUUUAGUAUUGAGGUAGCUGAUUAUAAUCCAAUUGGACCAGAAACAAUGCCAAAACGAAAUAAUGGUGUUAUCAAUAUGCAAAACAAUGAUGACUGGUGUUUUGGAUGGUGUGUUUUAGGAGCAUUGCAUCCCGUUAAAGUACAUCCAGAAAGAAAUCCUCAUCGAAUAUAUGCUAAAUAUAUAGAGGAGCUUAAUAUGGAAGACAUUCCAAUUCCAGUACCAGUCUCUACACCAGUUUACCAAAAAUUCGAAGAAAAUAACCCCGAGAUCAGUCUUUGUGUAUAUGAAUGGUCUAAUCAAAAUAAGUGUCUCGAAUUCCGGUAUCUUUCUGAAAGAAGAAAAAAAGGAUUUAUUGAACAUAGGGCAAUUCCCAAAAAAUGUUUAGGAAUAAAUAACGCUCCUCAAUUACCAAAAGUUCCUACAUUGGAAAAAACACUAACUCCAGAAGAGAAAACACAAUUGACUCGAACCGAAAAACUUCAAAGACAUAUUCCAUGUGGAUAUAGUUACGUAAUUAUUCGUAUGGAUAGUUCAUACAAUUAUGAGAUUAUAAGUCAUGAUUUAUAUAGAGGGCCAGAUGCAUUGCAAAGAUUCGUUGACAAACUUGAAGAAGAGCUAGAAGAAAUCCGAGCAAAUUUAUCUGAACCUGCUGAUAUGAUUAUGGAAACAGGUGAUUAUAGAAGACAUCAAACAGCAACUGAAUGCUGGAUUUGCAAGAAAAAAUUUCCGAAUCAAACUCUACUUAAGGCAAUGGUUUGUUGUCCUAAUACUGGAAAUUAUAUCGGAGCAUCACAUGAGGGAUGUAAACGAAAAAACGAAAUAAUUGGUCCGAAAUGGUACCAACAACCAAGUAUUCCAGAUAAUGGAAAAUUCAAAAAAACUUACAACUGUAUGUAUUGUGAUAGUCAAAUGUUAGAUCAAGGAUUAUUAAAAGUUCGAGAUCAUGACCAUAUUAAUGGUAAAUAUAGAGGUCCAGCUCAUAGUGAUUGCAAUAAAAAAUUACAAAUGGGCGAAUUCAAAACAAAGAUACCACUUAUUUGUCAUAAUUUUCGAGGUUAUGACUCUCAUUUGCUUAUAGAAGUAGUUAGCAGAUUUGCUUCUGAUAAGCUUAAAUGUAUCCCAGAAAAUAUAGGUAAAUAUAAAGCUAUGGAUGUUGGACAAUUUCGUUUUCUAGAUAGUUUUCAACAUAUGGCAAUGGGUCUUGAUAAGCUGGUUACAUGUUUAGAAGAAACGCUAGAAAAAUUUCCUCUAACAGUAAAGCAUUUUACUAAAAAGGGAUACUCAUUAGAGCAGAUAAAACUUUUAAUCCGAAAAGAAAGGAUUUCUAUUCUCUAUCAACAAAAUAUUAGCAAAUCUGAUUAUGAGCAUGCGCAAAAGGUUUGGCAAACAUUCGAAAUGAAAAAUUUUGGAGAAUAUCACGAUUUAUAUCUUGAAACAGAUGUACUUUUACUUGCAGACGUUUUUAUGAACUAUAGUAUUAUGUGUUUACAAGAUGACGGUUUAGACACUACUCAUUAUGUUUCUGCACCAGGAAUGUUUAAUGAUUCGCUAUACAAAAGUAGUGGAGUUGAAAUCAAGCUUAUGACAGAUAUGGAUGAAUAUUUAAUGGUUGAGAAUGGAAUUCGUGGAGGGAUGACAAUGAUAAGCCAGCGAUGUGCCAAAGCUAAUAAUGAAAAAUGUCCCGAUUAUGAUCCCAACAAACCAAAAUCCUGGAUCAUGUAUGAAGAUAUGAAUGCUUUAUAUUCAGGCGCAAUGACACAAUACAUGCCUACAGAGAUUUUAGGAAAGGUAGAUCCAGAAGAAAUACCCGAUAUACAAAAUUAUCCUUUAGCACCGGAAAAGCAAAUCGUACCAGAAAACUGGCUUAGUUUAUAUAAUGAAAGAUUAGUACAUGACAAAGCAGUUGGGGGUGGAAAAUAUGUAACAGGAGAAAAGCUAUUACAAACCCUCUUACCCAAGAAAAAUUAUGUAGUUCAUUAUAGAGCCCUACAGAUAUAUAUAAAAUUCGGAACGAAAGUUACAAAAAUUCACAGUGCUUUAAAGUUUCGUCAAUCUCCAUGGAUGAAAGACUAUAUCGAGGAAAAUAUUCGUAAAAGAAAAAAUGCCAAAGCUAACAAAGAGGAGUUUGGGGUCGUGUAUUAUAAACUUAAGAAUAAUGCAGUAUUCGGGAAACAGAUGGAAAAUGUUCGUUUUAAAGGAUAUGAAGGGGGAAUUACAGCAGUUCACAUGUUAAAAGGUACAGUAACUCUUAAUAAACCAUUAUUUGUAGGGCAAGCGAUUCUUGAUAUUAGCAAAGCUAUGGUGUAUAAUUUCUGGUAUGGUUAUAUAAAACCUCGCUAUGGAGACAAGGCCCGUUUACUUUAUACAGAUACAGAUUCUCUUAUUAUGUGGAUCGAGACAGAGGACAUUUAUAAAGAUCGAGCAGAAAGACCAGAUAUUUUCGAUCUCGACUAUUCAGGAGAUUUAUUCUUAAUGAAGGAUGAAACAAAUGGGGGGCCAAUAGGUGAGUCAGUAUGUUUGAAACCGAAAAUGUAUUCAGUCCUUCCAGCUGGGCAUGAUCCAAAAACUCCUGAAACAAAUGCAGAUUUCGAAAAAGAGUUAGAGGAAGAAGAAUCUAGAAAAUCUCAAGGUAUGAAAGACUGGCAGAAAAAGCAUGGAAUGCAAAAGGCUAAAGGUGUUAAGAAAUGUGUAGUUAAGAGAGAGCUUCGGCAUGAUAAAUUUUUAGAAUGUCUCAGGACUAAGAAGCUAACCCGACAUGAUAUGUAUGGUCUCCGCAGUUAUGAUCACGAAAUAUAUUUGGAACGAGUAAAUAAAAUUGGGCUAAAUCCAUAUGAUAAUAAGCGUUGGAUUCUAUUAGAUGGUAUACGAACCCUCCCAUACGGGCAUUGGAGAAUUUUUGCAUAUAAGCGUAUGGUUUCAUCCGGAAUAUCUCCUGAAGAAGCUGAAAAAAGAGCAAUGAUGCUCAAGCUUAAACCACAAUACCAGUAA